GACAAUGGAUGCAAAGAGCAUUUGUGAGUCGUGACACAUGUCCUGCUAUAGCUAUGGAUCCGGUGACUACGCUCCAAUUCACCAUCUGUAAUCCCCCGGACUCAGGCGCAACUCUGAUAUGUAUCCGGCAUGCAUGUGGAAACCAUCCUCCGCUGCAGAUGUGAUCAUGAUGACCACUGAAGCGCUAAAGUUUAUCAUGCUCAACGCUUGCUUGAUCAGCAACAGUCAGCAAUUGGGACGUCGAUCCGCGGCUUCGACCUUGUUAGCGGGUGUGAUCCAGCUUGGCAGUUUGCUUGGAAGCACAUCCAUCCAAUCCUCACCUCUGUGGAAUCGAAAUCAAGAGCCAUCAGCUGCAGGAUCAUAUGCGCUUGUCAAGUACUCCGCUGAGGUCGCAUUUGUUUUUCGCAAACAACGCGAUUACCGCUUCGCACAUCUCAUAUUUUCCCAGACAUUCUUGUUUAAAACAAUAGUAUCAUACUUACGAAAUGAGAGCAGUAUAUUCGCUUGCGGAUCGCGUUUGAAAUGCGCGCGAGUCAGAUCGUCGCGUGACGUCAUGAUUGAUUCGAGUCGGUGGCCGAAACAUUCAGGAAAGAGGAUGGAAAGGGUUUCCUAGCUACAGCUGAAGCUCAGAUCUGCAGCGAUUGGAUUGAGAGUUCGGAAAG